UGGAUUUCCACACUGUUAUCUGUAGCAAAACGUGUUCCUUAUCAAAUCUGACCGUUUGUAGCUAGUACUAGCAACAGCAUUACAAAACUGGAUUGUAAGGCUGAAAGAUCACAAUUAUUGAUACAAUAACAUAGUCGAUCGUUUUCGCUAAUCAGUACUAUCCGUGUACAUAAAACGUGUGUGUGGUUUUCUUUUUUUCGGCUACAUACAUUUUCGUACGUGUUAUUUUAUUUAAAUAUUAAUUUUUAAAUAAAAAAAAUUAAUUAAUUUUUAUAGCAUAAUUAAGUAACUCUACAUAUUUAGUAAAACGACAUUUAAUUGCCUAGUCUGGAUUUCUGUGAAAAACAUCAGUCGUAUAUACGCACAAAUAUUUUGAAUUAGUUAAAAUGACUGAAUCAUAUUUUGGUGGAAUAGAAGGUGGAGCUUCAGUAUCAACGGUAGUAAUAACUAAUGGUAAAGGUGAAAUUUUAGCAGAGAUAUUAGGGGAAGGAACAAAUCCAUGGAUUUUAGGAGUAAAACCUUGUUUAUCUCGAGUGAAUGAAUUGAUUAAAGAAGCCCUCAAGAAAGCCGAUCUCAACAAUAAUGUUAAGCUAAAUGGAUUAGGUCUUAGUUUAAGUGGAUGUGAAGAUGCAAUGUUUUGUAAAAAAAUUGAAACCCAAUUAAAAGAAUUUUUCCCAGAACUCACUGAUGAAGUUAUUGUUGUAAGUGAUACAUUAGCUCCAAUUGCUCUUGCUUGCCAGUCAGGAGGAGCUGUUAUAAUAUCUGGAACAGGUUCUAACAGUCUUUUAGUAAAUCCUGAUUUUACUACAAAACGAUGUGGAGGUUAUGGCCAUUUACUUGGUGAUGAAGGAAGUGCUUAUUGGAUUGCACAUAAAAGUAUAAAAACAUGUGUGGACCAUAUAGAAGAGUUAAAUUGUGCACCAAAUAAUUAUUCAAUUGAUAAUGUAUGGGAAGCUAUAAAAAAUCAUCUGAAAAUUAAUACUGAAGUCGACUUAUUUAGUAUUUUCUAUGGAGAAGACAUGGAAAAAUCACGAAUUGCUAGUCUGUGCAAAAAAAUUGCUGAUCUAGCAUUAAAAAGAGAUGAAUUGAGUUGUUGGAUUUUUAAAGAAGCAGGGAAAGAAUUAGCAAAAUUAGUUCAAACCCUAUAUCCAAGUGCUCACAAAGUUUUACACAAAGAAAAUGGAGGAUUACAUGUAGUAUGUGUUGGUUCUGUGUGGAAAAGUUGGGAUUUGCUCAAAAAUGGUUUUAUUGAACAACUUCAAAAUAAUUCAAGUAAAGGAUUUGUACAAGAAUUUACUCUGGUUGUAUUAGAUAAAACUGUAGCUCUUGGUGGAGUAUACCUAAUCGCAAAGAAAUUAAACUAUGAAUUUCCUUUUGAUUAUGAACACAAUUACAAAAUAUUGUUCCAUUAUGUGCAUAAUCCAAAUGUUUCACAAUAAUGUUCAAUAAUAAUUUUAAUUAUUUCAGUUUUAAUACUCAGUAUAUGAUAGUUAAUUUUUUUUUAUUACUGUUAAUAAAUUAUUGAUGAUAAAAACUCAAUAUUGUAGAAAUAAAAGUAAAAAUUUACUCGUUUUAGAGUGGAUUAAAUUUUUUUU